CGACAAUCUUUUUAUUUACUCAUUUUCGUCUGCCACCGGAAAAUCCCAUUUUCUGUUCCGCAGAAUGCAACAAGUGACGGAGAGAAGUGAGGUUAGGUGCGACGAGCCGUGGAAACGGGCGAUUUAAGUUAAAAGUGUUUGCGGGAAUCCUUUCGUGUGACCUUUGGCACCUUUCAAAAUGGCAACAGGUGAUUCCUACGAUAAACAGGUGAUUCUCACGAUAAACGGCAACAAUGAGGCGUCGGUCAUCGUCCAAAACACGCAGCAGAACGUGGACUCGGACAUGUCAAUGGCGGCAAGCAACUCGCUGCCCGCCACCAUGAACAACAACAACAACAAUAACAACACCGCAGGCGGUGUUGCCGUCAUCAGCCAACAUUGCGCCAUUUGCGGGGACAGAGCGACCGGAAAACAUUACGGCGCCGCCUCCUGCGACGGUUGCAAGGGAUUUUUUAGGCGGUCCGUGAGGAAAAACCACCUCUACACUUGUAGAUUUAACAGAAGUUGUGUGGUAGAUAAAGACAAAAGAAAUCAGUGUCGAUAUUGUAGGUUAAGGAAAUGUUUUAAAGCUGGAAUGAAAAAAGAAGCUGUGCAAAAUGAAAGGGAUAGAAUAAGUUGUCGAAGGCCUUCAUAUGAAGAAAACAACCAAAAUAAUGGACUUUCUGUAGGUUCUCUACUGAAUGCUGAAAUGCUUUCCAGACAAGUUGGAGCUGCACUAGAGCAAAUGGGAUCAACUCCAGUGAAUGACUACGACCUGUCAAAUAGACAGCUGGCCAACAUAAAUGACGUCUGCGAUUCCAUGAAGCAGCAACUCUUGAUUUUGGUGGAAUGGGCCAAAUAUAUUCCCGCCUUUACAGACCUGCAACUUGAUGACCAGGUGGCCUUGUUGAGGGCGCACGCAGGCGAACACCUGUUGCUCGGAUUGGCCAGGCGCUCCAUGCACCUCAAGGACGUUCUUCUUCUGGGAAACAACUGCAUCAUUACCAAACAGUGCCCAGCUGUGAUGUUACCAGAUCAAAGAACUUUAUCACCAGAUCUGAGCAUCGCGAGGGUUGGAACCAGGAUCAUGGACGAGCUGGUGAAGCCCAUGACCGAAGUCCAGAUAGACGACACAGAGUUUGCGUGCCUCAAAGCUAUAGUCUUCUUCGACCCAAAUGCCAAAGGUUUGAGCGAGCCCGGCAGGAUAAAGGCUCUGAGGUACCAAAUUCAGAUCAACUUGGAGGACUACAUCAGCGACAGGCAGUACGACAGCAGGGGACGGUUCGGGGAACUGUUGCUCACGCUGCCGGCCCUGCAGUCGAUCACGUGGCAGAUGAUCGAGCAAAUCCAGUUCGCCAAACUGUUCGGGGUCGCCCACAUCGACAGCCUCCUCCAAGAGAUGCUCCUCGGAGAACCGAUUCUAGGCACCAGCGUGGAGACGAACCCGGCACUGGUGGUCCCUGCGGGCGCCCAGGCGUCCUACGCCAGCGCCUCGGACUCGGCCGACUCGCCCAUCACGUCGCCCAUGACCGCGCCCAGCAGCCCCACCGAUCACAUGCUGAACGGCAACGUGGCGGCGGGCAGCCCGCCCACCUCCACCGCCACCAGCGUGAUGAUCAUGAGCGAGAUUACUAAUCUCGACGACCCGCCCUACUCCAUGGACUUCAAGCAGGAGCCCCUGCACGAGGAGCACACCUACUAAACAAUCUUGACGAGUGACAGCUGUCACUUUUGACACUAGUGCCAACCCUGUUGCUUCAAAAUCGGGUGUUUGUUCCAUAUCGACAAAGUAAACAAUUUUAUUAUUGUAUUUUCGUAUUUUUAUAUAUCGCAAUCAUAUUGAUUGAAAGUUGUCAAAUUACAAUAUAUUUUAUUGUAAAUUGUAGGGGGAUUUUUAAGGAAAUUUCAAGAUUUGUUUUUCAUUUCAUUAUGUGCAGAACAAAUCUUAAACCUCCCACUUUUCCCCAGUGUUAUGGUUAGUAGACUGGGCCAAAAAAAUCAACUUUUUUUUUUUUGAAAACUAUCGAAAAUAUGGUUUGGGGUGACAAAAAAAAUAUUCUGAAAGUUUGAGUCCAUAAUAUUAAUAUUUAGAGGUUUUUUUUUCCUCAGCAAGUUUUUGUCUCAGAACUCCCAAACAAUUGACUUAAGAAAAUUAAAUGCUCUACAAGAAAGGUUAAAGUGAAAUUUUCCGUCAGAUGAACCGUUUCCUUAAAAUCAUGCCUUAAAAAUUGGUAUAGUUUUACAUUUUGAUCUUUUAAAUUGGAAUUUUGUAAUUCAUGUAAAAAUCAGUACCCAUUAAAAACCGAUAAAUAUUCUUAUGGGAAAUCAAAUGCCUUACAAAAAAGCCUCUCAACAUUUUUGGCUAAAUUCACUCAAUCAAAAGUUAUUCAAGGUUAAAAUUUGGUGUUGACUUCAAAUUUAACCUUGAAUAACUUUUGAUGGAGUGAAUUUAGCCAAAAACGAUAAAAAACUUUUUGUAGAGCAUUUGAUUUCCCAUAAGAAUAUUUAUCGUUUUUUUCCGGGAACUGAUUUUUACAUGAAUUAGAAAAUUCCAAAGUUAAAAGAAUUGUAAAACUACAAAUUUUUAAGGCAUGAUUGUAAGAAAAAGGUUCAUCUGACGGGAAAUUCCAAUCAAACCUUUUUUGUAGAGCAUUCAAUUUUCUUCAAAAAAUAUUUUAAGUCAAAUUGAAAACUCAAUGGUUUGGGAGUUCUGAGACAAAAACUCACUCAGGAAAAAAAAAUCUAAAAUUGCGAUGAUAGACCUCUUAAUAUUAAUAUUAUGGACUCAAACUUUCACCAUAAUUUUUUUUGUCACCCCAAACAAUAUUUUCGAUAUACCUACUUUACAAAAAAAAUAGUCGAUUUUUUUGGCCCAGUCUAAUGGUUAGGGUAAUGUUUUAUUAAUUAAUUAAAAAUAAUUUAGUAAGAUAAACAUCACAUUUUAAAUUAAUUUUUUCAAGAUACUGGAUAAAUGCAGACAAAUUAAAAUGACUGAAUUUUUCUACAAACAAUUUAUAAAAUAUUAAACAUUUUAUCCAGUAGUAGGUACACCAAAAAAAUCAAUGGCCUCUAAAAAUGAACAAACAUUAGUCAAUUUCAUAUAUUCUAAUGGUUAAUUUAAAUGUGCUUAUUAUGGCUGUGAAAUUUUCCCUAUUAACAAGUAAAAUUUAUUAUUAAUUACUAUUAAAUUUUGAUAUUCAGUAAUUAUUAAAAAAAAUUGCUCAAUCUAAUGUUGUAUAUUUUAAAAUGACAAAUGUUUUCUUGUAUGUAAUAUUAUUUAUGUGUGUUUUUAUCUUCUAAAUUUUACACCAAUUGGCCAUAUUCCCAAAAUGUAUUAAAUUAUGAUUUGUCAUAAUUUUGCAAUAUAUUGUUAAUAAAAUUUUCUUUAUUAUGUAUUAAAUAAUUAAAAUUAGUUAUGAUUAAAAUUGUUAUGUACAGUAUGAAAAUUAGUUCUUAGUUAAUUUUGGCAAUUUGUUAUUUACCUUUAAACUAUUUCUUACUCUAAUUUACUAUUUAGGUGAUGUUUCUUAAAAGGCUGGAGGUGGCAAUAUUAUCUUUAUAUAUAGAAUAUACAUUUUUAAUGUUAAUUAAUACAAAGUUGUUUUAUUUAACCCUUUUAUUAAAAAAAAUAAAUUCAACUUAUUUAUUAAAAUUCCCUGAUUCAUCCAAAUCAACCCUUUUCCUUUUCUUGUGGUUAACUACCAUAUUAGCAGCCUCCAUGGUGGACGAUGUUACCCAUAACCAAUCGUUAAGUUUACCUUUAGCCUUGUGGCCAUCUUCAAAAAUCCUUCUCUCCAAAAAAUCCAACUUCUGCUGAACCGUCGGAUCAGAGAUGGAGUUGUCAGCUAAAUCCAUAAUGUGCCGAAAGCGGGUUUUAAAUGUCUACAAGAUAUGAUUAAUAUUUUAAGAUUAAAAACAAAACACCUCUUACAUGCAGCAGGACAUCUUGCACCUCUCCCUUGGCAUCGAAACUCUUGGCGUAAGAGCCCAACUCGUAAAAAUACAAAUUAAAUUUGUGUAAAUCCACCGCUGAAGCGUCAGCUUUGAGUAUCUCUCGAUACGCUUCCCUGUAUAUUUUGGGAAGAUCGGGAUUGACUAUGGGCUGUCUUCCUGCAGCCAUUUCCGUUACCAGCCACAUUGGCAGCUCCAGAUCUGUUCCCGCUUUUAAGUCUACUUCU